AUGACACAAGAUGAAUUUGAAGUUGAAUAUAGUAACUUAAAUUCUAAUAAAUUGGAUAUAUGGAGAUCUUUAAAUCAUAUUGAAGAAAAUAUGAAGUUAUAUAAUGUUAUACUAGAUAAUUACACUAGAACUGAUGCGAUUGUUACUUUCAUUGGAAUAUGCAAUGAAGAUCUUAAUAAUUUAAACAAACUUGAAAUACCAAUUUCUAAAAGGUAUAAAAUAAAAGGUGAAGAUCCAGAUUUAGAUAUAACUUGGCCUAUAAAUGUUAAACUAGCUGCACAUAAUACAUCUCUAGUAAACACUUGUCAGGAAUUUAAUAUUCCCAAAACUAGAAAUCAAUUGAGUCAAUACAUCAGACACAAUUAUACCUUAUAUGAUUAUUUAUUACUUAUAUCUUGGAAUAAAUGUAAUGAAACAUCAAUUUAUAUGUAUUCUCUAAAAAUUGCAAUUAUUUGUAUAAGUUAUCUAGAAGAUUAUAAAAUUUUUUACGAGGCUUAUAAAGAAGUGUUAUCUAUAUGGUUCGAAGAUUUCACUUAUAUAAAUACAAACUUACCAGUUGUUUCAGGAUUUCAGUUUUAUAUAUGGAAUGUUUUUGAAUCAGAUAUUCAGAACUUCUCAACUUUAUUGAAUUUAAAUUCAGAUACUACUUUUAUUGAGUAUACUAAACGACUUGAAACAAUUAUAGAUAUAAAAUUAAAAAGGAAUUUGAAAUUUCAAAAUAUAUUUACUAAUAAGUUAUUAGAUAAAGAUCUAAAUGAUACAAAUAAAAAUUAUACCUUAAUUUAUUUAAGUGACAUUAGUAAUAUAGAACAAGAACUAGAGCUAUGGAUUAAAAAUGGAAUAUAUGAUAUAGGUACGUAUAAUCCACCUCACAUUAUUAAUUUAAUUAUCUAUAAUCCAUCAAAUUACUCUAUAUACUUUACUUCACAAAAAUCUUCAAUAUAUUCAUCAUCAAUAAGUAUUAAUUCUAAUACUAUUAUUACUAUAGAUAACUAUUCAAGAAAUUCCAAUAAUACUAACACAAAAGUACAAAAUAAUACGAAAGUAUUUAAUGAAUUUAUAUAUCAUAUUCGUGAUUGGGUAUACCCUUAUCGUGGUGAUGGUGAUCACGCAAGAACGAGUUUUGGAAUGAAAAGUUAUCCUAUUUUAUAUUAUAUAACAGAUUAUGAAUGGUAUAUUAUGCCUGAUUGGGAAAUUUCUGGUUUAAAGUUACGUCAAAUUAGAUUAUAUUUGACUAAAUCCACAAAAUAUAUUCAAUUAAUAUAUAAAAUAUUGUCAAAUGACUGGCUAAUAAAAAUACCAUGCUACUACAAAGAUUUAUUGAUUAGAAUCAACUUAAUAUUUAGGUCAAUAUUAAUUUCUAAUCAAAAUAGUAUUUAUUCAAAACUUCAUAUGUCAAAAAUACUUUUUCAAGAUUCAUCAGAAGCUUUUAAUGAUAAGAAUAUGAUCUUUAAUGCAUUUUUUGCACUUGAAUUUAAAAUUGCUAUAGUUUUACCUAUUGUUCUUCCUAUUAUAUUGGGAAUAGUAGGAAAUAUAUUCAAAAUAUCAAAAAUAAUAAAUAACAAUGGAAAUUAA